AUGUCACCGCACAGCGAAGUCGUUACCGUCGCCAGCAGUGGUGCGGCCGACGCGACGCUGAAUGGGAAUGCCGUCGCGCCGCCCAGCAACGACAGCAACAGGGCUGCUGAGGCUCUCGCUCCUGUUUCUUCUCCUGCUCCUGCUCCUGCUCCUGCUCCUGCUCCUGCUCCUGCUCCUGCCACGGCCACGGUUACGGCCGCGGGCACUUUUGAUACCCCGCAACUCCCCACCUCGGCGUCAAUCGCGACUUUGCCCAUCAAAGGACAAGACGCCCGAGGCACAAGCACAUCAUCAAACGGUGCCAGCACCAAUGGCAGUGGCGUGGCUCAGCACAUCAGUCGUCACAAGCUCGUCGACGUGGCAGCUCAAAGCUCGCCGUACCUGGUGCCUGCGGCCCUCGACUCCGAGUAUGAUCUUGUUUGCGUCGGUUUCGGUCCUGCCGGCCUGUCCGUCGCGGUAGCUAUUCACGAUGCCAUCUCAGCAGGCAGAAAGCUGUUGCCCGAUGGCUCUUAUCCCAAAGUCCUCUUUAUUGAAAAGCAGGACCGGUUUGCCUGGCACUCGGGCAUGCUGCUACCCGGCGCCAAAAUGCAGAUUUCCUUUAUCAAGGACUUGGCCACCCUCAGAGACCCGAGGUCCGAAUUCACCUUUCUCAACUAUCUGCACUGUCAGGGUCGUCUUGUCGACUUUACCAACUUGAGCACUUUCCUGCCAGCACGUGCAGAGUAUGAAGACUACCUUCGCUGGUGCUCUUCGUUCUUCACAAGUCUGGUGCGAUUUGGUCAGCAAGCAGUUUCGGUGUCUCCUGACAACAUCCCCGAGGGCCCAGUCCGUUCAUUCACUGUCAAGUCCCAAGAUACGGCUACUGGGCAGACUCAUACCUAUCGCGGGCGUCACGUGCUGGUGGCCGCAGGUGGCCAGCCUUCCAUGCCUAGGAACUUUCCUCGCAAGCACCCCCGGAUUAUUCAUUCUUCGGAGUAUGCGAAUGUCAUUGGAAAAUUGGUACCAAAAAAUACCACGCCUUGCCGAGUAGUUGUUGUUGGUGCUGGUCAGAGUGCUGCUGAAAUCUUCAACGAUGUUGCGAGUCGAUUUCCCAACUCCAAGACUUGUCUUGUUAUGAGACCCGAGUUCUUACGUCCAAGUGAUGACUCUCCCUUCGUUAAUACCGUCUUUAACCCCGAAUUCGUUGACUCCCUUUACCCCAAGUCUGCCAAGUAUCGCGACAACUUCUUGACUGAGGCUCGCGCCACUAAUUAUGGUGUCGUGCGCCUGGAGCUUAUUGAAGCCCUCUACGAACGGAUGUACAAUCAGCGACGAGAGCUCGGUACCAACGAGAGGGCUUGGCCACACAGAAUCAUGGGCGGCAAGCAAAUCACGAGUAUUGAGCCCAGUGGUGAUAUACUCCAGCUCAUGAUUCAAAAUGUCCCAGAUAGUAACCUAGACGGCUUCAUCGACGAUCUUGAUGUGGAGGUCAUCGAGGCUGACAUCGUCAUCGCGGCCACAGGAUAUCAGCGUAACGCCCACGUUGGCAUGAUCAAGGACGCAUGGAACCUGUUGCCCAAGGCAGCUCCUGGUGGCUUGCAGUUGAGCAAAGGUAUUUCAGGAUGGAACGUGGAGACCGAGCAGGGCGAGCGCAAGAUUACAGUCGGUCGUGACUAUAGAGUCAAGUUUGCAGCUGGGACUGUCGCUGACGAAGCAGGCGUGUGGUUACAGGGUUGCUGUGAGGGUACACAUGGGUUGAGCGACACCCUUUUGUCAGUUCUGGCCACAAGAUCCGGCGAGAUUGUCGAUAACAUUUUUGGCAGUCAGUAG